UCCAUUAUCAGCUGCAGUCGCCAGUCAUCCUGUAUCAGCUAGCCACAAAGACAAUAAACAGAUCCCUUCAAUUUUACGCGUUAUAUGUUGACCUACUGUUUUUCUUCGUGGAAAUACAUUCAAAGAGUGAGCGAGCACUGGGGAAUGCAGCGCCACAGAGCAUCUUAAGAAGAGAGCACAGUACACCUUCCUCUGGCCCCAGUCCCUCUCCUUCCCUCUUGAGGGUAACAAGACACAGAACUCACGAUGAGGGGUGUGUGUGUGUGUGUGCUGCUGCUGCUGCUGAGUGUGUGUUCAGCGCUCAUCUGUCCCGAUGGGGGCAUGUGUGAGGAUGGAGACACCUGCUGCAAGACGCCGUCGGGGGGCUACGGCUGCUGCCCGUUACCCAACGCGGAGUGCUGCUCGGAUCAUCUCCACUGCUGUUUCCAGGGGACGCUGUGUGACCUGGUCCACUCCAAGUGUGUGAACAAGACACACACACUGCCUCUAGUCACCAGGAGACCAGCCAGACCACCCACAGCAUCUCAGCCCCUGGAGGAUACGCGUGCGGUCGUCUGCCCCGACAAGGAGUCCGAGUGCCCAGACGGAACCACCUGCUGCCAGCUGCUCGACGGCACCUGGGGCUGCUGCCCCCUGGCAAACGCCGUGUGCUGUGAGGACAAGCGCCACUGCUGCCCCGAGAAGACCAAGUGUGAUCUAGAACAUUCCAAAUGUCUGUCCUCCACUCUGGGGUCCUCCCCCAUGUGGACGAAGUUCCGCGCCCGCAAGAGAGUGCACUCGCCUGAUGAGCGCGUGGGCUCCAUCACCUGUCCAGGUGCGCAGUCCGCCUGUCCUGACGACACCACCUGCUGCUUGAUGAAGUCUGGAAGUUAUGGCUGCUGUCCUUACCCUGACGCUGUGUGUUGCAGUGAUAAGUCCCACUGUUGCCCCAACGGCACCACCUGUGACCUGGAGCACCAGAAGUGCGCCUCCUCACACACACACACACACUCCCCUCUGGCCCAGAAGCUCCCCGCUCUGCUCAUUCGGCCGCCCGCCGCCAAGGAUGUGAUCUGUCCUGAUAAAGUCUCCACCUGUCCUUACGAGACCACCUGCUGCGCCCUCAGCAACGGCAGCUACGGAUGCUGCCCCAUGCCAAAGGCGGUGUGCUGCUCUGAUCACCUGCACUGCUGUCCGGAGGGCACCACCUGUGACCUAGAGCACAGCACCUGCAUGUCUGCCAACGGACGCGUUGCCUGGGCAACCAAAAUCCCUGCCCUAACCCCGCCCCAGAUCAGAGCUGCGGCGGUUCCCUGUAAUGACUCAGUGGCGUGUUCUGAUGGGAGCACCUGCUGUAAAACUGCAUCUGGCGUCUGGGCCUGCUGCCCCCUGGAGGAGGCGGUGUGUUGCCCCGACCACCUCCACUGUUGCCCCCAUGACACCGUGUGUAACGAGCGGGCGAGCACCUGUGACGACCAGUCUGACCCCCUGGCAUCCGUGCCCUGGCUGGAGAAGAUGCCCACCGUCCCCAUGGAGACGAAGAUGCCCACCGUUCCCAUGGAGACGCAGUCGCCCAACACCAAGUGUGACGAGACCUCGUCCUGCCCAGACACUUACACCUGCUGCAAGACGAGCAGCGGGGGAUGGGGAUGCUGCCCGCUACCUGAGGCCGUGUGCUGUGAGGACCACCUGCACUGCUGCCCCCAUGCCACCACCUGCAACCUGCCGGCCAGCACCUGUGAUGACGCCCGUGGGUCCGUGCCCCUGGUCAGGAAGGUGCCCGCCCUGAGCGCCAGUCUGCCCGCGGCGCCGCUGCCAUCUCACGGGCUCAUGUGUGACGGGCACACCAGUUGCCCUGACGACAACACCUGCUGCUUCAUGCGCAAGGCCGGCAAGUGGGGCUGCUGCCCGCUCCGUCAGGCGGUAUGCUGCAGCACAGGUGACCACUGCUGUCCCAGCGGCUUCACCUGUGACGAGAAGCACACGUCCUGCACCAAAGGUCACCUUGCCAUCCCUUGGUUCAGGAAGCAGGAGGCCCGGGUCAUCCAGGGGUCGGCGGGGUCAGAGGUCGCGGAGGGUGUGACGGACGUGAAGUGUGACGACGAGAGCAGCUGUGCGGCGGGGUCCACGUGCUGUAAACUGCCCACUGGAGAGUGGGGCUGCUGCCCUCUGGUCAAGGCCGUGUGCUGUUCGGAUCAUGAGCACUGCUGCCCGCAGGGCUACAAGUGUGAGCUGGAGUCCGGUACCUGUGUGAAGCCCUCGGACUGGGCCGCCGUGGUCCCCCUCUCGCCGCUGUCCGAGUCCCUGCAGCCCUCGCAGGACGCGCGCUGUGACGCCGAGACCCGCUGCGACUCGGACCAGACCUGCUGCAGAACCUCCCCUGAGAGCUGGGCCUGUUGCCCCUACAAACGGGCGGUGUGUUGUCCUGACAUGAAGAACUGUUGCCCCAUGGGAUACACCUGCAACGCCGAGAUCCAGGGCUGCACCAAGGGCUCCACGCUCACCUGGUGGGACAACACGCUCUAGGAACCACCUAGAGACUAAGCAGCUGCACUACAAUACACACACACACACACACACACACACACACUAGACAAACUGACACACGCUUGCACAGAAUAGUCUUUAAAAAAAAAAACAGUCUGUGAAAAAAUCCAAACACUGGUAAAAUACACACACACACCCACACACACACACUUUCUUCUCAGACAUUGUGCUGAACUGACACACACUCCAGUCCAGUGCUGUUGGGUCUGGACCUCUGGAACAGAAGGGACCUCUCUCUCUCUCCUAGUCCCUCUCCUAGUCUUCUAAAAUCAGCCAUCUACUCAAACACUCAUUUCAAGUCUUUUCUCUUCAGACUAGCUGCCACAAACGCACCAAGUGAGAGAUGUUUUCAUGUUUCAACAGCCUGCACACCGGCACAUCACCGCUUCUGGUCUCUUCCGCUCAUAUGUAGGAACUGUCUAGCUCGUCUCUGUUCUCUCACAGUGGCUGAUUAUCUUUCAUGUCAUUCAUUCAACUAAUCAACUAAUGCUGAGAUGGGCAACGAGAGGUUUUUUUAUUUGAAUUAUUGUUUUAGUCCCAGCGUUUAGAGAUGGCAGUCAGAGGGACAUGAAUGUAACCGAAGUCCCUCUGCUUUGAAGGAGGGGAUGUGGGCUGUGGCUGUGAUGAACUUGUCACCUGGGUAACCGAAUAUUCUUUGAUGUGGGCCGUCAGUUUGGUAAACUGGUCUCCCCCGGUUACCAGAGUUUCCAUGGAUACAGGAUGUUGAUGUGGUAAACCGGCUAUCGGGUUAGCAGGAACACCUGGGCUUCACCAGUUCCAGACUCGUCCCUAGUCCCUAGUCCCCAGUCCCUAGUCCCUAGACCCCGUGUAAUGGAGCUCAGACUGAGAGAAACACCAUCAGUGUUUUUGCCUCUGGGGCAUAGCUGACUCAUAAGGAAAGUGAAGAACAUUGAUUGGAUGUAUGAUUUGAUUCCACCUCUUUCUAAGGAGUUUUAGAGAUUUGUUUUUAGUAACCUCUGUGACUAUCCAUUAGAGAGGCAUAAAGCCUGUGACUUCAGGGUGACCCCAUGACUUUGAUGUUUUUGAAGGCUUCCUGGUUGAAUACGCCCAGCAGUCCAGUUUUCUGUCUGAGUCUCAGACGCAGUGUCUGCCCCUAGGAUCGAAGUGCUCCUCCUCACUUCCUGUGUACAUCGUCAUGGUAACACAUCAAACCUGCAUCACCGAUACAUGCUGCUGUUGUCUACCGGUCAGCUGCUUCCACUUUUAGUGUUACUGACGCUUUUUUAAUUCAGAUUUUUUCCCCUUUGAAUCAAAUCAGUAUUGGCACCACUUUUAAUUAUGUUUUAGCUCAUGCACUUAAGAGUGACUUCCGGUUAAAUGGGGUGUGCCUUAUCGACCUAGGACUUCAGCUAGCUGCUUGCCCAAAUGUUAGAUCAACCCUGAAGGUGUCCUGGCCCUGACACAGUGUUUAAGUUAGCUGUUAGCUGUUAGCUGCUAGCUCCUUCUCCGCUCUGUUUGAAGGGCCUCACUCUACUAGGAGCAGAGAAGCAUGAUCCUCGGGGUGGGGUUCCUGCUGCACUCAUGGGUCGUGUGUGUCCAGUGAGGAUGAUCUACAGCUAGUCUGAACCAUCUGAUUCAAAUUUGUUUUAAAAAAGGAAGCAAA